UAUGAUCAACUUACCAGUAGACAAUAUCACUGAUCUCAUGUUGAAACUUAUGCCGACUGUCGACGAGGUGUUCUAUGCGUGCUAUUGGAGAGGCACUAGUUUCAAUUGUACAAAUAUAUUACGAUUGCAACGAACCGAAGAAGGAUUUUGUUAUUCGUUCAACAGCAAGACGUCAGAAAGGAUGAUAAAUGACAGCGAAUACAACCCGCCAAUCGCCAAACCAAACGGAAGCCUCAUGCCACUUAGAAACAACGUUGCGGGCAAGAUGACAGGCCUCGAGUUGAUCAUGAAGAGUUUGAUCACUGAAUACUUCCCGAACGACAAGCGGUCCAAAGGGUACAAUGUACGGGAGUAGUGCCUUUUUAGA